AUGCGGCGUCAAUGGCAGACGCGUACCCGGAUGCCGCGUGUAUCCUGCGCCCUCACGCGCGCCAUGAGCACGUCCAAGCUCAGUCUCGAGCAGCUAGUGCAGCGCCAGAGUCUCAAGGGACUGCGUGUCUUGGUUCGUGCCGACUUGAACGCGCCACUCCAGAAGAACGGGGCGUCCGCCAUCAUCACGGACGAUACGCGUAUUCGCGCUGUCCUGCCGACGCUCAAGCUGCUGCAAGGAGCGGGUGCUCGAACCAUUCUGUGCUCGCAUCUUGACCGUCCUGGCGGUGAGGUGAAGGACGCGCUGCGGCUCACGCCAGUAGCUUCGCGCCUCAGUGAGUUACUCGGUAGCUCCGUCUUGAAGCUGGACGACUGUAUUGGCCCUCAAGUAGACGCUGCAGUUGAAGCGCUAGAGGACGGAGAGAUUGCGCUGCUUGAGAACGUGCGUUUCUACGCACAGGAGACGAAGAACGAGGCCGAGUUUGCCAAGCAGCUCGCCCAUGGCGCUGAUAUCUACGUGAAUGAUGCCUUCGGUACGGCUCAUCGUGCUCAUGCUUCGACUGAAGGUGUGACGAAGCACAUUGCGAUCAAUGUGGCGGGAUUCCUGAUGGAGAAGGAGCUCAAGUAUUUGUCAAGUGCCGUUGACGCUCCAGCGCGUCCGUUGGGUGCGGUCAUUGGUGGUGCUAAGGUAUCGACAAAGAUCCCUGUGCUGAAGUCGUUGUUGCAGAAAUGUGACAAGAUCAUUAUCGGUGGCGGUAUGAUCUUUACGUUUUACAAAGCACAAGGUCUGGAUGUCGGCAAGUCGAUCGUCGAGGGGGAUAAGGUGGCGCUUGCCAAGGCAAUUCUGGACGAGGCGAAGCAGCGCGGUGUGCAGAUUGUGCUUCCCACUGACGUCGUAGUUGCUGACAAGUUUGAUGCAGAGGCUCAGUCGAAGGUCGUGGCAGCCGAUGCUAUCCCUCUUGAGUGGCUUGGAUUGGACAUUGGCCCAGACUCGGAGGCCGCCUUUGCCAAGGAGCUCAAAGAGUGCAGGACGAUUGUGUGGAAUGGUCCAAUGGGUGUGUUCGAGUUCCCGAAGUUUGCAAAGGGCACGAUCAGCGUGGCUGAGACUCUUGCAGCAAGCACGGAAAAGGGUGUCACCACCAUCGUCGGUGGCGGUGAUUCCGUGGCCGCUGUCGAGCAAGCCGGACUCGGCUCCAAGAUGAGCCACAUCUCCACAGGUGGAGGUGCCAGCCUGGAACUGCUCGAGGGUAAGGUGCUUCCGGGUGUUGCUGCUCUGAACAACGCGUAA